CGCCAGCUCAUUCACAGUCCCAUCACCAACCUCUGUCGCUUCCCCUCUCUCUCCCGUGCGCGCUUACUUUCUUCUCUCUCUCGUCCUUCAAUGUUUUACCUGCCAGAUCUCUCGGAGUAACCCUUGGGGGCCUUUGGUUUUGGGUUUUCUUUAUCUUCCUUGAGAGCUUUUGUCGGAGGUUUUCCAUAUCGUAUCAAUACUCCAUCAUUUGGAGGAUAUCCUUGUACUGUUCCUGAUUUUUCGCCGCAUAUCUUUCCGUCGACUAUAUAUUCGACUUUCCUACCAGAUAUCCUCUGGGUUUUAUCUCGUUUCUUCCCACUCCUUCUAGCCGAAACAGAGUCUUCUCUUCUGGCGGAGGAGAAUAAUGGCGAAUGGUUUGGAUAGAGAAAGUGGGCUUACAAUGUUCAGUGAUGACGAACUGAGGGAGAUGAGUGGGGUCAAGAGGGUUGAAGACUAUGUGGAGGUAACAUGUGGGUGUACUAGCCAUAGAUACGGUGACGCUGUCGGUCGGCUUAGGGUUUUCAUAAAUGGGUGCCUGGAAAUCACUUGUGAAUGCACCCCUGGUUGCCAGGAAGACAAGCUGAGUCCUGCUGCAUUUGAGAAACACUCUGGAAGAGAGUCAGCCAGGAAAUGGAAGAAUAAUAUCUGGGUGAUCAUUAAUGGCGAGAAGGUUUCCUUAUACAAAACAGUGCUUCUCAGAUACUACAAUCAAGUGUCAAAAACAGUUAAUGGUUCCAAUAGAUUGAAUCAUGGACGAUCUUGUCAUCGUGAUGAGUUUAUUUGCUGUACAAGGUGCAAAAAAAAGCGCAGAUUCCGUCUGAGAACUAAAGAGGAAUGCCGUGUUCACCAUGAUGCUUUGGCAGAUGCAAAUUGGAAAUGUGCUGAUCUUCCAUAUGACAAAAUAACGUGCGAUGAUGAAGAAGAACGAGCGACUCGCAGAGUUUACAGAGGAUGUGCUCGUACUCCGACAUGCAAAGGUUGCACUUCUUGUGUGUGCUUUGGAUGUGAUACCUGCCGUUUUUCAGAUUGUGGCUGCCAGACUUGUACCGACUUUACAAGGAAUGCUAAAGCUUGAGUCCCGUCUUGUUUUGCUUAAUUCUGAUAUUCACACCCCUCCUCCUCCUUAUGGGAGUCAUUUCUUCUGUUAUAGGAGUAGUUGUUAUAAUUCCUAAUUGGAUUCAAGUUCCAACCGCAGUGCAGUGUUGAUUGUUGUCACUGACUGGAUUAUAAAUUUCUAUCAGUAUUCGCAUUUUGUCUCAA